AUACUGCAUUUAGUACAAUUUACGACAUAAUUUUUGCAUGCUGCAUGUAGUACAAUUUACCGCAUAAUUUUUGCAUACUGCAUGCGCCCCAAUCUGCGUCCAAAUAUAGUCUGCUGCAUUUCCUGUCCAAAAUUCCGUUGGUUUUCCUCGGGGACACGCCCUAUUUACACACGCUUCCGCACAAAGAGCCUAUUAGCGCGUCCCAGUGUUUAUCCGACCAAUCCGGAAUGGGUCGGACGAGAACGCUGUACCUUAGCCCCGCCCACUAGGAUAUGACACCGCCAUGACGCAACAGCGAUCAGCUGGUUUUGUUUUGCUCCGUUUGGAUCGGCGCUCCAUGGUUUGUAGGUGUCCAGCAACUAGCCGAUAAGACCAAACUAACUUGUUAAUGCAAGAAGAAAAGCUUUCGGAGUAUUUGGAUAUAGCAGAAUUCGCUGAGGUUUCUUUUUUCUUUUUUCGUUUAGUGGAUUUUCGGUUCGCCACUAUUUAUAAAAGAGGCUCAUCCGAUCCCGGGCCUCCGAUCCAGGGCGGAGGGAGGCAAGGAGGUCGUUGGGAAUCGGGAUGGAGAGAGAAGACGGGGCCCACGGUCCUCGCGGGCCAGGGCUGGGCUGCGCCUCCUUCAACCAAGACUCCACGUCAUUGGCUGUGGGCACUAAAACUGGAUACCGGCUCUUCUCUGUGACAGCAGUGGACAGACUGGAGUGCAUUCAUGAGAGUGCGGAGAGCCCGGACGCCUACAUCGUGGAGCGUUUAUUCUCCAGUAGCCUGGUGGUGGUGGUGAGCCAGGCCGCGCCUCGCCGCAUGAACGUCUACCACUUCAAGAAGGGCACGGAGAUCUGCAACUACAGCUACUCAGACAGCAUCCUCGCCGUGCGGCUCAACCGACAGAGGCUGGUUGUUUGCCUGGAGGAGUCCAUCUAUAUCCACAGCAUAAAGGACAUGAAGCUCCUGAAGACCCUGCUAAACACACCAGCCAACCCCUCAGGUCUCUGCGCCCUGUCUGUCAACCAUUCCAACUCCUACUUGGCAUACCCGGGCAAUGCCUCCAUCGGAGAGACCAUCAUCUAUGAUGCUAACAAUCUGAGCACUGUUACCAUGGUACCUGCACACGACAGUCCCCUGGCAGCCAUCACCUUUAACUCCUCAGGUUCUAAGCUGGCCAGCGCCUCUGAGAGGGGAACUGUGAUCCGCGUGUUCUCCAUUCCAGAGGGACAGCGCUUGUUUGAAUUCCGCCGAGGAAUGAAGAGGUAUGUGAACAUCAGCUCUCUGUCCUUCAGCUCUGAUACCCAAUUCCUCUGUGCCUCAAGCAACACAGAGACUGUGCACAUUUUCAAGCUAGAGCAACAUGGGCCAAGUGGAGAGGAGGAGGCUUCUACCUGGUCAUCCUAUGUAGGGAAGAUGUUUACAGCAGCGAGCAGCUACCUCCCCGCGCAGGUGUCGGGCAUGAUGAGUCAGGACCGCGCCUUCGCCACCGUCCGCCUGCAGACAACUGGACAAAGAAACGUCUGCACUUUAACCAUGAUCCAGAAGCUUCCACGUCUGCUCGUGGCCUCGUCUAAUGGUCAGCUCUUCAUCUACAACAUUGACCCCCAGGACGGGGGUGAGUGUGCACUCGUGCAGACCCACAGGCUGUCGGGCUCGAACGAAGAGCGAGAGGGCACGGAGGAAGCCGCGGGGUCGGGGCCGCCCCCCUCGGGUCUGUCGUACGCGGCCACUGCAGCCAUACCCACGUGCAGACCCCUCGCUGCCACUCUCACAGGCUUCUCGGAGGACGGUGGGGCCAGGAAAGGCGAGGUGAUCCCGGAGCACGAGCUUGCGGCAGGGCCCGUGCGUCUGGAUGACGAGGCCGAGUUUCCUCCAAUAAAUCGGUGUCGCGAUGGAUCUCGGCGAGGCAAAAUCGGCCGUCCGCGAGGCGCUAGAGGACAGGUGGAAUCUGCAGCCGACUUGGAAGAACCCUAAGCGCGUGCUCCAGGACUAAUUACCGUGUCAGAAUAGCGUCGAACGCGCGCUGAACGCGUCAGGGAUCGCGUCGUUGUCACGCGGUCUCCUGACGGGUGUGUUAUACAAAGACUACAGGUGCAUGGAAGAACCUGCCACAAACUGUAGUAGCUACGUAUAUGACAAAUACUUUAUUAAGAUAUUACUGUAGCAUCUUGUUAUUUUAUUAUUUUUUAUGAUUAACAUCAUCGUAUUGAAAAUGGAAUUACUUUUUAAAAUAUGUGCAUUUUCUGCAUUAAUAACUAAUAUACGUUUACAUGUUGUCAUCCUAAAUAUUAAUAUAACGGGAUGUUUUCUAUGUAUGUGCCUAUUAUUUUAUUAGUAAAAGUGCAAAGAAUUCUGCUGGAUGGCUGGAGGACCAAAAGGGAUAAAAAGAAAUGGUGGUAAAUUGGAAUGAUAUUCCUCUCCCUUGUCUUGACGGGGUCUUUUUUCUUUGCUGGUAUUCUCUUUAUGUACUUAGCAAUAUGUAAUUCAGCAGAAGGUAAUGAUUUGUUUCAGUUGAUGUUGUAUGGUAGUAAUAGUUACGCUUCAGGAUACAGUGAAAAAAACUGAUCCCCCUGAAUGUGUUUAUAAGAAAGCGCCUGUAAUACACAGUGAAACUUAAGUGCUAUGAUGAUUUUAAUCGGCCAUGAUGAACUGUUCAGAGGUUAUAACCUUCCCCAUAUAACAUAUUCACUGCAUUGUGAACAAGAAAGCAUAUUUGUUAGUGUGUUAUAUGAGGUGUGUUUAUGGGCACAGACUAACAGAUCUCAAGUAUGCCAAGUUAGUUAAAUAAUUCACCAAUUCAGGUUUGGUUCAAGUAACUAAAACAUAAAAUAUUUGCUGGUUUGAUGUGUACCUCGGUGUGAAAUAAUAAAGGAUUUGUAUGUUCA